GGAGACAGGUUGUCAUCGCUUUGGUGCCUGUCACUUCUGUCGCCACCUCCUCUGCCCCCAGCACUGGUCUCCGUCAUGAAUCCCGAUCUGCGCAAGGAGCGGGCCGCCGCCACCUUCAAUCCAGAGUUAAUCACGCACAUCUUGGAUGGUAGUCCGGAGAACACCCGGCGCCGUCGAGAAAUCGAGAACUUGAUUCUGAACGAUCCAGACUUCCAACAUGAGGACUAUAACUUCCUCACUCGAAGCCAGCGUUACGAGGUGGCUGUUAAGAAGAGUGCCACCAUGGUGAAGAAGAUGAGGGAAUUUGGCAUCGCAGACCCUGAAGAAAUCAUGUGGUUUAAAAAACUACAUAUGGUCAAUUUUGUGGAACCUGUUGGCCUCAAUUACUCCAUGUUUAUCCCUACCUUGCUGAAUCAGGGCACCACUGCUCAGCAGGAGAAAUGGAUGCACCCGUCCCAAGAACUCCAGAUAAUUGGCACCUACGCCCAGACGGAGAUGGGCCACGCUCUGUGCACCGAGGGCAUCCUGAGCCUUUGGACCUUCACUUGGGCAUGUUCCUGCCCACCUUGCUUCACCAGGCCACCGAAGAGCAGCAGGAGCGUUUCUUCAUGCCGGCCUGGAAUCUGGAGAUCACGGGCACUUAUGCGCAGACAGAGAUGGGUCAUGGAACUCAUCUUCGAGGCUUGGAAACCACUGCCACAUAUGACCCCAAGACCCAAGAGUUCAUUCUCAACAGCCCAACUGUGACUUCCAUCAAGUGGUGGCCUGGGGGGCUUGGGAAGACUUCCAAUCAUGCGAUAGUCCUGGCUCAGCUCAUCACUCGAGGGGAGUGCUACGGGUUACAUGCCUUUGUUGUCCCUAUCCGUGAGAUUGGGACCCACAAGCCUCUGCCAGGCAUCACUGUUGGGGAUAUCGGCCCCAAGUUUGGUUAUGAAGAGAUGGAUAAUGGCUACCUGAAGAUGGACAAUUACCGUAUUCCUAGAGAGAACAUGUUGAUGAAAUAUGCCCAGGUGAAGCCUGACGGCACGUAUGUAAAACCUCUGAGUAACAAGCUGACAUAUGGGACCAUGGUUUUCGUAAGGUCCUUCCUCGUGGGAAGUGCAGCUCAGAGUCUGUCCAAGGCAUGCACCAUUGCCAUUCGAUACAGUGCUGUGAGGCGCCAGUCUGAAAUCAAGAGAAGCGAGCCAGAGCCCCAGAUUUUGGAUUUUCAGACGCAGCAGUAUAAACUCUUCCCGCUCCUGGCCACCGCCUAUGCCUUCCACUUUCUCGGAAGAUACAUAAAGGAGACCUACAUGCGGAUUAAUGAGAGCAUUGGCCAAGGCGACCUGAGUGAGCUGCCUGAGCUUCAUGCCCUCACAGCUGGGCUGAAGGCUUUUACUACCUGGACAGCCAAUGCUGGUAUCGAAGAAUGUCGGAUGGCUUGCGGUGGGCACGGCUAUUCUCACAGCAGUGGGAUUCCAAAUAUUUACGUCACGUUUACCCCGGCCUGCACCUUCGAGGGGGAGAACACUGUUAUGAUGCUGCAGACGGCCAGGUUCUUGAUGAAAAUCUAUGACCAGGUUCAGUCGGGGAAGCUGGUGGGUGGUAUGGUGUCGUACUUGAAUGACCUGCCGAGCCAGCGUAUCCAGCCGCAGCAGGUGGCAGUCUGGCCAACUCUGGUGGACAUUAACAGCCUGGACAGCCUGACAGAAGCCUACAAGCUACGUGCAGCCAGAUUGGUAGAAAUUGCUGCAAAAAACCUUCAGGCCCAAGUGAGUCACAGGAAGAGCAAGGAAGUGGCGUGGAACUUGACUUCUGUCGACCUUGUUCGCGCAAGUGAGGCGCACUGCCACUACGUGACCGUUAAGGUCUUUGCAGAUAAACUCCCCAAGAUUCAAGACAGAGCCGUGCAAGCCGUGCUGAGGAACCUGUGUCUCUUAUAUUCUCUCUAUGGGAUCAGCCAGAAAGGAGGGGAUUUUCUUGAGGGGAACAUCAUCACAGGGGCUCAGAUGUCACAGGUAAACAGUCGGAUCCUGGAGCUGCUCACAGUGACUCGCCCCAACGCUGUGGCUUUGGUGGAUGCCUUUGACUUUAAGGAUGUGACCCUUGGCUCUGUUCUCGGCCGCUAUGAUGGCAAUGUGUAUGAAAACUUGUUUGAGUGGGCCAAGAAGUCCCCACUGAACAAGACAGAGGUCCACGAAUCUUACUACAAGCACUUGAAGCCCCUGCAGUCGAAGCUUUGAAGUUUCCCCAGGGACAAGUCUGAGCUCCACAGAGAGGCCGAAUCUCUCCUUGAUUCACUAAUCCUUGUGAAAUCGUCUUCAGACUUGUGUAGCUAUAGAGCAAAUGAUGGGCUGGCCUUUCCCUCUCUAUAAGUAAAGAGAAAUGAGCAGACUUAGAGAUGAAAUGAGAAUCCAGUGUUGUAGGUGCAGUAGUAGCCCAGGCCGACGUAGGACCUCGGGAAGCCACUGCCGCGCUGUGGCCUGGCUGACGUUAUUUGUUCUGCUGCUAAUCUCUGUAGGCCUUGACUCUGGGGGAAUUAACAGAGUUUAACUACUAAAUACUUAGUAAUUUUCACAUUUUCACUGCUAAUCACUGGAUAUAUGUUUUUUAAACAAAGGUGUUCUAUAGAGCUGGACUUUCCAGGCUUUCUUGCCUAGCACUUUCUGAUCUACCACUAAGAGCAGGAGUUUGGGGGCCAGAAACUAAUAGAAACCCAGAUGUGAGUGUGUGGCCCUUACAUAUGCCCCUGCUGCCUGCUGUGUGGGUAUGUCAUUCCUACCAACUGUCACACUAACAUAUCAACAAGAGGAGUCCUUAAACACCCACCCACCAAGAAAGCAGCGCUCCGGGACUAAGCUCCCACUCUGGUCUUCCUGGCAAUGGCAUGCACCCGCCCAUGACCCCACUUCCUGACACAGCUAAGUUGCUUGUCUUUACCUCCAGGCUUUCGGCCGUUGCCUGGACUUCAAUCAUGGUGGCUGACCUUCCCUUUCUUGCUUUGCUUCUCCUCAAAGAGAUAAUAGAGACAAUGACCAGUCUUUCCUCAUAGAUCAAGUAUGGGGAGAGCCCUCAGCUAUGGUAUUCCUGUAUUUUGGUGACUUAUUUAAGUAAAUUUCCUGGGACAAUCCAGAUUUGAAAGAUUCUGUCUUCUUGUUGUCAUAAACUAUUAAAAUGCUUGGUGGUCACCAAAGUAUUUGACAUAAAAAUAAAUAAAUAAAUCAUUCAGGCCACCUUUUACACCAGAAAUCACAGGAAAGCCCUGGGCCCCAGCCAUCUGCUGAGUGUUAGUUGAGAAGAUGGAUCCUAAGCCAGCUGAAGAAUGAGUGCAGGCUGUGGGGAGGUUCUUGCUGAGUAGCUGGCUUUGUGGUAAGCUGCUAGCAGCCUUACAGGGUGGCGAAGCAGCCCCCCUUUGGAUGCAGAGCAGCCUCUACAAUCAUUCUGACCUUAAAGGUAGAGUAUGGACCUUUUGUGGUAUGUGUGUGUAUGCUUUUUUUUAUGUAGUGAUUUUUUUUUUCUUGAGACAGGGCCCAGAGUGGCCUUGACCUCUGAUCCUCAGCCUCCCAGAUGCUGGGGUUACAGGUUUGCGCUGACAUGCCUGGCUAGUUGGAACUCUUUGUUCUUAAAAGCACAGUAGAGAGAUCAUUGUGACCUAUUAAGUCUGUGUCUGUGGCAUUGGCAUCGUGAGAACAGUUCUUUCAGAGCAGUUCUGAGAACACAGUAUUAAUGGAGUGGAAAUGACAUCAAGUCAAAGCCAUCAGAUUUGCUGACACAGUCUUAACCUUUCUCCUGGAAUGACUGAUAAUCCCUGAAGAUUGACAGUAAGCAGCAUGUCACCUGUGGGGUUUCUAUUUGACAGUAAUUCAUAUUCUGGAAAAUAGCCAAUAAAUUUAAAUGACUGGA